AUGGCCAGCAAUGAUUCUAUGGAUGAUAACUUCAUUCAAGUAAAUAAGAAAAAAAAUAGAAAAUCAUUCAAAUUUAAGAAAUAUAAUGAUUAUUGCAAGAAUAAUCAAGAAAAUGUAAUAAAUUUAAGUGAAAAGUUGGACGAAAAAGUGAAAUAUUUGAAAACUUCAAAUUUUAUUAAAGAAGUUAUGGAAAGUUUUGAUAGUUUUAAAAUAUUGAAAAUUGAUUUUAUUAGAUGUUUAGCAUUGGGAUCUGUUUCUAUUAAUUGCGAUGUGAUUUUGUAUCAACUAGGAUUAUUGAUUUUGAUAAAGGAAAGGUUUAAUAUUAAGAGCGAAAAUAUUUCAUUAUAUGAUCCUGUUUUUACUGAAUUAGAUGAGAAUUUUUUGACCAAUAAAUUAGGAUUUAAAAUACAUGUUGAGGAUCCAUUUAUUAAAAGUGACAAUGGGAAUAGAGAUGAGAAUAAGAUUAUAGAGAUGAAAGGAAUAUAUUAUUUACCUCAUUGUCCUAUAAAUGUUAUAGAAGAAAUGAUUAUAAAAAGCGAGCCUAAAUUAGUGAUAGGAAAUUCAUUUAUUGUUCAUUCGGAGAAAAUGAUUUCGAGGAAGUUGUAUUUUGAAAAGUAUCCUAAAUUCUGCCAAAUAUGUAACUUGGUUGAAAAAAAUCUAUUAAACAAAGAGAAAAAGCCAAAAGAAAAUUUUAAUACUGGAAAUAAUAAAGAAGAUGAUAGAAAAGAAGAUGAUGGAUUCACAGUAGUUGAGAAUAGAAAAAAAGCAAUAAAAAAGAAAAACCGAAAUAGAAAUAAAAAUAAAAAUAAGAGUAAGAAUGAAAACCCGGAAUUUAAUCAAAUUGAAGAGAAAAUAGUAUUGGAGAAGAAAAUUAAUGAUAUUGAAAGUGAAUAUUUCAGUGAUUGUAAUAUAAUAGCAUAUAGAAAAAAUCAAAUGAAUAGAAUUGGUGGAUGGGGAAAUUCAUUUUCAGAUUUUGCAAUACAUGAAAUUAUCUAA